UCGUAUGAUGUAAUUGGUGUGUAAAAAAACCUCAAGUGCCUCUCGCUGCUGUAAAAACCAGUUAGAAAUUGCUGUUUUUAUGUUCUGAAUGGAAGAUAUGUGGCUUUAAAAAGCUGUUUUUGUGUGUAGUAUUUGGGACAGCGUUUUGGACUCUGUGGAUGAUUUUUGAGUUGGAAAUAUAGGUGUAUAAAGGAGUUUUUCCACUGGUUUUUGCUAACGUCUCUUGGCUUAUGUACACAGUGCCAUAGGCGAAGUGGCGGAAUGCUUCCAUGACUCACUGUUUUUUCUGUGCGAUGCAGACACGGCCGGUGUUUUUACAUUUGUCUGAAUACUGUUGACGUUGUGUUGCACCUACAUGCCAUACUGCGUCCGUGACGACCUGACAACUCCAUCAAUGAUCCAUCUUCAUAUACAGUUUCCAGGUCAAGCUAUACUUGAAGAGUGCUCCUCAUGAAAUGUCUAGCCCCACAAAUAAUUCCACAGCCGGUACCAUGUGGGACACAGGCUACAUGGAUUACUACAAGUGGAAAACAAGCAACCAUGCCCCUACGGACCACAAUCUGAGUGCUAUUCCAUGGCCAAGAAAAGAUAUAAUUCGAGAUGGCAGACCUAUUUCAAACAGUCAAGGAGGUCUUGGCCAUGAUGGAAUCAACCACGGGCAGGACAUCCAUCGAGCGAGCGCGAGCAGCACGGGGAGUUUUGGGCGUGGCAGUAGUACAGGCAGCCUCAGUAACACAUCCACGCCCACCAACACCCCCAACACGCCCCUUGUUGUGCCACAACCUGUUAAGCCCAAUCGGACCGGGAAGACCUACCAAUGCAAGAUGUGUGACCAGGUACAGUACAACGGGCAAUCGGUUCCCAAUAUCUUCAAUACCAAAUCUGAUAUGCUGAUCCACUGCCAACAGAUUCACAAGCAGGACCCUAAGCCUUACAAAUGUCCCACUUGCUCAAAAUGCUUCGCUAACUCGUCAUAUUUAUCGCAGCACAACCGCAUUCAUACAGGGAUCAAGCCGUACAAAUGCGAGAUCUGUGAACGCAAGUUUACGCAGCUUUCACACCUUCAGCAGCACAUCCGCACCCACACUGGAGAGAAGCCGUACAAAUGCAUGCAUCCAGGCUGCGGGAAGGCCUUUUCACAACUCUCCAACCUGCAAUCUCACUCGAGAUCACACAUGACCGACAAGCCGUACCGCUGUAACUCUUGCUACAAGUGCUACGCUGAUGAACAGAGUUUGCGCGAUCAUAUUCCCAAGCACUCGGACACUAAACAUCUCAAGACUCACAUAUGUCAUAUAUGCGGCAAAUCCUACACGCAAGAGACAUACCUGACUCGGCACAUGGCUAAGCAUUCUAAUGAAAGUCAUAAAGUGGCGCCACGACCAAUCAAAACUGAACCCCUGGAUCCCGCUGAUCGAGACUAUGGCCGGAUGUCCGAGAAGUCUUCACAAGAUGGACAUGUAGGUGGCGCCUGCAGCAAGAGCGUAUCAUCUGCAUUCAUGCCGCUGCCACAGUUCGGUCCCAACGUCAGCAGCAGCUCCAACUCAAGCUAUCCCUAUGGCCCUAGCCUAAGCUCAAAUAGUCUUAGCUCUCCUCUCCCGCACAUAUCAUCGAUGACAUCUCCACGCUACUUCCCAUAUGAUCCAAUUGGAUUCCGCAAAUCAGAUCCUCCAGAAAGGAACCUGAACGUACCCAUGACUACACGAGACAGUAUGAUUGCCAACAGUCUACUGAGUCUGCAGCACAUAAAGAAUUACGCUUCUCAGCAGAUGCCCAGCUUUACGCCAACAUGCACAAGCGGGUCUCGACUCACAUGAUUUGCUAAUACAGUAGCAAGGUAGACAUGUAUCAGAUGGUAUGACGUCAUCCUGAUUACUUCUCUGCCACUGGUUAUGACCGCAUGUCUUAUAUAAUAUGUACUUGGCGUCAGUGGUCUUUAAAUGGCAUAGGACAUGCAGUUGGGGUACAUGUGUCACUUACAUAUUUUACAACUGUAUUUUCCAGAAGUUGCCAUGAUGUUCAUGACAUCAAUCUAACAUUCUUCUUCCCAGAUCCUACAACGACGAGCACUGAAGGUUGUGGAAGAAGGAUUUUAGAUUAGCAUUGCUUGAUAGAAGAGUAUCCCUAAAACAUCCAAACCAAAUGACAAACAAAUUUCCUUAUGUAAGUUUAAAACCAUGAGAUUGACUUUUGAACUGUAAAUAUUUCUGCCUUGAGAUUGUAAUAUUUCAAAGAAUGUUUGACUUAGUGCCACUGCAUAUUAAAUGUUGUAUUAUAAGGAAAUUUAAAACUUUGAUUGUUUUUAAAACUACAUCAAUUGCUUCUUCCCAAUGUUCCUGAGAAAAUAUCCAGCGAAACUGAUGUACAAUUUUUUCCAAAUGGAUUUUUUCUGGACCUGUAUCUUGCCAACUCUUACCAGUGGCAGAUUGAACAUUGUUUGUUAUGAUGAUUAUUUUAGUGACUUGACUUUUGUGUGUAAAUGACACUGUUUCUAUUGUGCAGGAUCUGCAGCUGUCUUGUGUGUUAGAUUAUAAAUCAUGUCCUUAUUAUUGAGUUGUUUAGCUUUGAUGAAUAUCAUCAUCCUUUAGAUAGGACCUGCUUCUGAAGCACUUCGUGUUGUCUGCAUGUAACUUGUAUGAACAGAAACCUUGUUGUGCUGAUAUAGUCAGUAUUAUAGAGGUUGGUGGGAGGAGAUUCCAUGAUGGUUAACAUACUGACAACGUUAUUGUCGUUUUGAAGUCAUUGCCUGUAUGUCACAAAUAAUCACUUUAACAAGAAUUUAGAAAUAUUUGACAAUUUGCUUGAGCUUGCUUUCACAACCGUUAUGAGAACAAGUUGAAAAAUCCUUCACAGUUGAAAACGCUGUUUAAUUGUUUAUGUGUCUUUUUACAAAAGUCAUUAUCAUUUUGACAUUGCCAUGGAUAUGGCUGACAAGGACUAUUAAAAAUGCAAACAGAAUUAUCAUUUUUUCACGAUUUCAUUAUGAGGUUCCACAUGUGAAAGUGUUUUUUUUCCUUUUAACAUUAUGGGCUGAAUCAUUAAACAGCUUGAUUGUAGAGCGCAACAAGGUUUGGUUGUAUUUUAUGUCAUACAGGCAUUUAAUGCCUGCUAACUCUAUAAACAGAACUCACCCCUGAUUCUAUCAGACAUAUAUCCCACUAUUGGGAAUGAUGUACAAAAAUUUCAUGUUUCUUUUCAAGUUAUGUUCAUUGCUCAGUGAAAUUAUGAUGCUGCAUCCUAUAGGUGUAUCCAAAGGUAAUUUUUGUAUGAAUUUGUAACAAAUUCAAAAAAGGUAACAGAAUUCUGAAUUCAGAACCAAGUUUUGUUAUGUUCCCGAUUCCGUGCCUCUCAACCAAAUUUGGACACCAUGAGGUUCAGUUACAUCUGUCCUUGACCUUUGUUGUUCAGUCUGGUGAUGGUCGCUGAACACUUCCCACAAACAUGCGUGCUGUGUUUCUUAGAAACAAGACAUGUUACUCUGAUCUCUUGUAUUACAAUGUGUUCAAAUGCUCAUCAUUUCAUUUGUAGAUGUAAAGUACUUUUUACCUACAUAUCUAUAUUCAGGGCCCCUUACUUUCACAAUAGGGCCCUCACUAUGAAUUGAUAUAGUUGCACCUUGGAGUUAAUGUCAUUGUGUAGAACAUUUGUAGAUAAAUUAGAAAAUGGCUGACAUUUUCAAGUUUUCUGGAGGAAAUUGCAUUCAGAUCUUGUAAAGAUAAUAGCUUUAGAUUCAUACAAGGUCUUACAUUUCUUUUGUUUACUGACACUUUGAGAAGGUUUGGGCCUGAAGAAAAACAAAUGUUUGUAAUUAAUGUCACAAAGAAGCACUUUCCUCCAGGUAACUUCAGAAUACCUAGAGUAUUAAAUCGGUUUAUACCAAUGUUGCAAUUACAUGAAGAAAUUAUUUAAAUUAUGAUAUUUAUUUUCUUUGUCAGUUUGGGAGAGUGCAAAACAAAGUAGUAAAAUUAAUUACUAUUUUCUUCAGAGCUGCUUAUAUGGAUAUGUCACGCCUGUGCAUGUUUCCCAGUCUACCACAGACUAUUGUGGUGUGUUCCAGUUCUCUCUGUUUUUUUCUUGAAUUAUUCAAGAGUUCCACAUCUCAUAACAUUUGGCGCCAGUAAUCUCUUUAUCAAACUAUUUACACUAUUUUGCAAUUUGCUGUUGGAAAUAUUUCUUCUUAAUGUUACUUUAAGAAACAGAAACUCUAAAACAUCACACACCAAAAUAGCUUGUCCUUUACAAACCCUUUCUUUAUUAGCAGCUAGAUUUUUGAAAGUAGAGAACCUGUUUCAUCAAAUUUGUUGUUUAAAUGGCAUAUAUGUUGCUCAUAUUAAAACACAUUGAUUCAUGUGCUAAUAUUGACGCAUUUAUAACGUGUACUACCACGUAAAUACAUUUUCUGUUCUCGCCAUGUAGAUGAAUGGUAAUAUGUUGUUAUGAAUGUGUUAUUUCUCUAUGAAUAGACCAGUACAAUUGCUAAGAAUCCUUUUUAAACAUCUAUAUUUUAAACAAUUUCUUAAACAUCAUUCAAACCUGAAUUUCAUUCUUAUUAUCCGGCAAUUCAUUUGAAAUAAUAAUAUUUCUUUGUAUAUUAAAAUUAAAAAGGUCAUUUACAAUUUUUGUGAACAUUUUGUAAUGGUUCCUAUACUGUAUACGAUACGUUGGAUUUCCCUUAAGUGAUGUUAAUAUCUAAAUAAUUGGGUACAUUUCUGAUAUUAGUUUAAGAACAGUGAAUAACAAGUGUAAACAACACAACAAAUAUGUUCAUAUUUGUUACCAAUAUGUUAAAACAGGUAUAUGUUUAGUUAGUCAUUCAUUAGGAAAUGUUUUGUGCAAGUUUUUCAUGUGCGUCCGACAUCUGAGAUGCUCGGACACAUUGUUCCUCUACCAUUCCCAGCUAAGCCUCUCUGCAUGAACCAGUUGCUUACAUUUUUCAUUAGGUAUUUAAAUUUGCUGGUUGAGUUUUCAACUUGUCAUUUUCAUGUUUCAUCAGCUUUUCAAUUUUUAAGGUUGACAAUCUCCCUUUUCGCCCCUUUGCGUCCCCUCUAAAAUAAUAUAUUUUCAUCGUACAGGGGAGCUAACCCAAUCAAAUUGGGUGUGAAAGCGCUGUUUCUGAUGAUUUUAUGAGUGUUUGUCUGAAGAAUGAUACACUGAUUGCAGGCAAUCAAAUUGGCUGCAGUCACUGAUGAAGAACUACAAACUACCCAAAGAGUUGAUAGGGCAAAAAGGCAGCUAUUGUAAGUUAUUUCUAAGCUGACAAAAUUAUGGGGGCCUUAGUUACCGUCAACUGCUACAGAUCAUUAAUUUGAAUUGGUUGUCUCUAACGAGGCUUUAAUUUGUUAUCACAAGGCAUGAUGGGAAAAUCAUGGGAUUGCUAUGUUAAACAUGUAUGCUCAUUUAGUAAGGAUUGAUGUUUGUUUACUGGUUAUUAAGUUUUCUUACUCCUUAUCUGUAUCUGGUAUUCCGAAGACAACGAUAUUGAUAACUAUGUACUGUACAGUUACUAGGUUGUGGCUUGGUUAUGUAUACAUGUAAAUGCUGUUGUACUAACGAUACCUGUUGUUUCCAUCGUCUUCAAGUGUGAUCACUAUUAUCAUUACGCCUCCCUUUGUGUUUGGGUCGGCAUCAACUGUUAUAUGGAGGUUCUUACAGUGUGUGACCUCUUUCCCAUUACUUGUAUCAGAGUUGUCUCCCCUUUGCUUGUGUAUGAUGGUACAUCGUGAUCAUAUCACGUGACCCAAGUCUUAGAAACAACACCACUUAAAAAGUGGAUGUUUUUCUUGCAUGCUCAACUGAGGAUUUUGCACUGGAGAGAAUUCAAUAUUUACUUGUACCUAUUUCAUUGUGCAUACGUAGAUUAUUAACACAAUUAUCAGUCUGGAUCGACCCGAUGCAAAGGGGAGGCAAAUCUAUAACUGUUAUUUGUUAAUAUGUAUUAAUUGUGUUAAAAUUUCUCUAAAAAAAUAUUUCCGAUGUCAUGAUGUAGUUGUAUGAUGUACCCACAAAUGAAAGUUGACACUUGACAAUAGUCCAGUCUAAACCUUAUUCCUUGUAACAUGGUGUAGUAAAUUGUCAUUCCUAGAUCGAAGAAACCGGAAUGAAACUGGAUUGUCUUUUAGAUGCUAGUACUAUGAUAUAUUAGAUAUAUUGUAUGCACAAACGUUUGUGUACAGCCACAAUCCCUCUAUGGGACUGCAGCACUCUUCUGAUUGUCCGAGAGUAUGUGAUUACGUACUAAUGUAAAUGAAUAUUUGUGUGAUGAACAAAAUAUUGUGCUGUCAAGUGAGAUACCAUACAGAGAGAUGUUCAUUUCGUAUACAAGUCCAUAUUUUAUCAUUGUCAGCACUUGUAUCUUCAUUCUGAUUAUUAUGAAAACACUUCUUAUAUUACAGUAGUAACUACUCUGUUUAUCAUUAUGUGUGUACUUCAAAUUCCUGUUAGUAUUCACCGUGUUUUAUCUGUGUAAAUUGUCUCUUCUGCACCAGAACGUGCAUGUUCUUGCAUUGUUGUUAACAGUUGUGUCAGUUCAGUUAAGUGGAUACAUACGAUGUGAAGCCUUUUACUAGCAGAUUCAUACACCUUCAUUUACAAAUCUUGUAGAUGGUGACUUUUUUUCUCUACUUGGCAAAAAUGAGUGGCAUCAGACUCUUAUUUAGCUCAUGAUAUGGUUGAAUGUAUUCACGCACUGAGAAUAAUCUAUGCCAAAGUGUAUGGCUUGUCUGGUCUAGGGGAGAUAAUUCAAAGUGGUUAUUAGAUGCACCUGUAAAAUCAUCUAAUAUCUAAACUGACAUAAAACAUCUAAAAUUAUUCAUUUAAACACCAAUUACAUUUACAUUUUUUAAAAUGAAAAAACCCCAACCCAACCCCAAUCUGUUUUAAAUUAUUUUAUCUUACAGUUAAUUAAUUGGGAUAAAAUACACUUUUGUAAAAAUAGACUCUCUAAAAUUUAUAAAGUUAGUGAAACUGUUUCUGAUGUAUCAAGAUUUCAUCAUUCCAUAAUGAAUGAACAACAAAAUUUCAAUUUUAAAUGAAUAAAGACAAUUCAUUAUUCAAAUCAAGGUAAAAAUAAAAAGAUAUCAUUACUCAAAACAAACUACAUAUGAACAGCAAGAUUUCAUUAUCACUCUAAAACACAAGUAAAAAUGUAUGCAUGAAUCAUUCUCCCCUACACAUAAAGCACAAUGAAGUUGUCAUGUUCAGAUAGGCAGAGUAUGGAUGAAAUCAACAUGAACAAGGCAGCAUGUCUUUUGUUAACCUUUCAUCUGCUGAUUUCAUCAUCUAUUCAUUCAUCAACUUGGAUCAUUUUCUUUUUUUUUCGCACUUGAAAACAUUUUCAUUUAUUUCAUGUAGAAAAACAAACAUCUUUUUCGCACAACAUGGGAAAAACGUUUCCGUGCAUUUUUUGCGAAAAGUUUUUACUUGAUGAUUGUACAUGGCGAUGGUAUAACUCAACGAGGCAGCAAUCAGGAGUAGACAGCAUUACAACAUCAGCUGGUAUUCUCUAUGCAGAAUUAUAUCACCUACAUGGGCCUUUAAAGUCUUAAUGUGUGUUCAAACAGAUGCUUGGCAGUUGUACAUUUUCCAAAGCCAAUUGAUUAAAGGGGUAUAAAAAUGCUCACUUAUCAUGUAUGCAAAGAACUAAUGCUGUGAGCAGAAUUCAUUUUAAAGAAUUCGUAUUCAGAGAUGCAGGUAUAACUAUAACGUAAUUAUUUUCCCGUUACUUCCCCUUCUGCCUAUUUUUUGUUAUUAAUUUCAUGGACAUUUUUGUCUGUUCAGAAACCAAAGGAUAUCACCAACUUUGCAAUAUACUUUGCAAGGAAGAUCAUUAUUGUCCAGAGAUGUCACUAUGUAGAAUGAGAGAGUGAGCAUUAUUUUGACUGGUAUGAAUGCUUGUGGCUUGAUGUCUCCCUACAAUCGAUGCAUAGGUAGAUAUUCAUGCAUCACUGAAACCAUUCCUGAUUUUAUUAAAGCAAGUUCCUAUUUUUUAAAUUCCUUAAAAUUUGAAGCAGAGUCACAUAUAUCAUAGAAUGAAGACAACAGUAAUCUUGAUUGAUAUAUGUUAACUGGAUCCUGUGUAUAAAAAAGGAGAAAAUAAUAAUUGUUAAUUACUUACUUGCUUAAUUACUCGUUUGUACAAAAUGGAUAACAAAUAUUUUUGAUAAUCAGAAUAAAAACAAAAUUCAAAAUGUGAUGUUUUUAGGAACAUUUGUGUAUGGCCAAGACAAGAUAGUACAUAGAUGAGUCUAGCAAGGCCAGUAGAAUGUUCGGUUGGCAAUAAAUGCAACAAAGGAGAAGAAAAACAUCUAGUGGCUCAACUGCUGUUUGUAAUAAUGGGCAAUAUGAAUGAGUGGGUGAAAGGUCGAUGUGAGACAGAGAAUGACUGACCGAUAGGUGGGGUGUUACAGCUGAAGCCAUCAGGGUUGUGACAAUAACUCUACCCAUGAAAGAUGGUAGCAAAAUCUGAUUAGUGCCAGGAGUGUGAUAUAAGAAAUGGUUAGGACAUGAGGAAUAUUGACUCUGAAGAUGACAAGGUAUGAUGAUAAUACUGCUCUCAGUUCCUCCAUUGGUCUCCUCUCAGUACGUUCUAACUUACUGGGGCCACUGUCAUCGAAGGACAGUAAACCCAUAACCCUGACGGCUUCAGUUGUUUUGUCUGUGAAAUAGCUCAAUUUUUUCCCAUCAUAUGGUACAAGGUGCUGACAUAUAUAACAAGCUUUACAUUUUCUAUGCAUGGAACUUUCUAACACAUUCCAGUCACAGGUUCUGAGUUUAACAUCCAUAAGGCAGCGAAUUAUAUGAAAAUUGAUUUGGAAAAUUUUACAUUCAUGUGAAACAUGAUAAAAUUUAGUCGGUUAGUUCAUCCAGGAUCUCGUGAGAAAAGAUUCUUGCAGAUGUAAAACCUAAACCUAAAUAUCAAACUUGCUAUUCAAAUCCGUAUGGGGUUUAAAAAAUUACAGCUGAAAGGAUAUGCAUAGCUGUUUUCACCUUAUCUGAAAAAUGCUGAAAUUUACACCAGUAUUGUGUUAUGUAUGAAAAUAACUUUCAAUGUUGCAAUCAGUUAUCCUGACAAAUGUUUGUGUAAUAUAACAAAUUUAUGUGAUUACAUUUGGAGUAAGAACUACAUCAAAAUGAUUCUAAUUAUAUAUUUUCUAGUUUGCGAUUUAGGAGUAACCUAAAUGCAACUUUUGCAAAUCUCAGAGGAUGUUAUAUAGUUUUCAUUGCAAUACAUGUUUUACUGCUGCUGUAGUCGUGGCUGUGACAGAUGACCAUACCGUAGAGAUUGUCCAGUAACAGAUUGUAUAUGUCAUAGCUGACACGACAGUAACCCAUGGGUAGAUGUCACAGCCAUGCAUAUUACAGCCUUAUAAGGAGUUAUUACACAGUUGACCAAAUUUCCAUAUUUUUGUUGGUUAUUUUGAAAUAUAUUAAGAUGUGAAAAUUGCACUUUUACAGGAAAAUGGUGUUGUUAUGGUGUGAAUGAAUGAGAAUUUGCUAGGAUAUGUUAAGAACUGAUGCCACUUAUGUUUGCCUGUUCUGAAAACAGGCUUUGGUUGUGAGGUGUGGUUAGUUAUGUCUGUCAAAGUGUUGUUUUUAGAUGAAGUACUGUAGACAACAAGCAAAUCAUAUAUAAUCUGUACUUACUCAGAACUGGAUGUGAAAAAAAAACCACAAAGAUUUUCUUAAGUAUUAAAUUUUGAAUAUUGUCAUUCACUAAAAUUCCAUUUUUCUAACUCUAACCAAAGCCUGUUGACAGCUGAAAUAGCCCUGUUAACAAUGCUUAUGUUUCAGUUUCAGCAGGAAAUCUUCCACAUGGCAUCUCUGUAGAACUUUGUGGUAAUAACCAGGCAAUACUGGUUUAUAUCAUAGGUCUUCGUUAUUGCUUUCUUGACAUCUUUUUCAAAAGAUUACCAAAGAGUACUGACUGGUAAUUGUCAGAGGUAAUUAUCAAAUCCUCAUUGACCCAAUGAAACCACAAAAUCCUGAUAAAUCACAAUUCUAUGACAAUGGAUACAUGUUCUUGGCAUGCAAAACAUGUCUUGAUUCAGAUAAUCAAAAUUUAGACCAAAUGAAAUAUCUACUUGUUGGUGUUGGAUUGUAUUUGAAAUCUUGAGUGAGACCCAAGUGUUUUGGUGCAUGUCAUCAAAUUGUAAACAGUGGAGUGGAACGGUUGCCAUGGUUCCCAUGGUUUCCAUGAUUAUCAGUAGAUUUCUAGAAAUCUCCAUCAUGCCAUCUCCAAAUGAGGUCGCCAUCUGUCAUGUCUUGAAUAUGUCAUCAUGUCUUGUGAUAUUAUCAGCAAUAGAGCAGAUUUAUCAAAGUUUUGUCAGAAACUGUCCUGUUAAUGGCAUACACUGGUGAAGUGUUUAAGAAUACAUAAUCAAUCAAUUUAAAAAUGUGUGCAAUAUUUUGAUAAACUAUACAGUGUACUGUAACAAAAUGGAAAUAGAAAAUGUUUACAUUUCACACAUUUCUUCUAGGAAUUGAUACUGGACAUGAACCAGUUUAAAAAAAUUAAACUAGUCUCUUUUAGGUUUAGACUCAAAGAUAGCUGACAUGAACUGCGAGUGAUAUUUUGAAAUUUUCGAACAUCAUACAAUGUAUUGUUGCGUUUUAGGCAAAUAAUGGGAAAAGGAUAGCAGGCAUGCUUCCCUUCAACUGAUGUUACUUUCAAGUUUACGGAAACUAUAACCAGCUUUCUGAGGGUAAAAUUAGCAAUGUUACUAGGUAAAUGUACAUGUAGUGUCAGUCAGUUUGAGAGCAUUUCAUGUGGGCACAUGCAUCAGCGUAAACUCGUCAAUACCCAGGAACAAGCAUACCAUACCCAUUUAGUCAAGUACUGCUUGUCCUGGAUAUCGAUGGACAUCUAGAAACCAUAACGUGUAUUCAAGUUCACUUUGGCUACUUCAUGAAAGGUUGGGAUGCAAGAGGUUAAAAUGUACUUUUUAACGUUCAAAACGUAGGUUGAUGCAUGGCGUUCACAUAGGAUUCUUGAAAUUAGGAAUGAGUUCAACUCAAUAUCUGGCAGCCCCUGUGGUAUUCUAAACACAUAUCCCUGCCUAACAGUAGGGUAGUCCUUGUAGUCACGGGACAAUAAACUCUGUGUCAAGUAAUACAUCUGCCUUAUCCUGCUCACAUAAUCUGAGAAGCCAUGUGCGAGGAGGUGUUUUUUCCUUCUUUUUUUUUGUGACGUUUUAAUUACUAUUUAUCCAUCCAUAUCACUCUGCCAUGUUUGUGGGGUGACUAAACCUUGUUGGUGCUUUUCUUUUGCCCUUAGCACCACUGGAUGUAUUGCAAUUCUCUUAUCCCAGAAGAGUGAUCUCCCCUUACACACUUUUCGUUUGAAUCAGAUUCAUGAAAGUUCAAAUAUAAUUCUGAAUUAAUACACUUACAAAAAUGCAAGUGUUUGUUCUGUAUUGACCAGCAAUGGGAAUUCUUUGCCUGGCUAAUGAUUUGAUUAUUCGCAAAGUAUUUGACAAGGUAAAAGACAAGGUCAUUUGGUGAAUCAUUAUGGUGAAUGUAAAGGGAGCCUUCACAUACUUCUUUCACUCACUGGCAACCUCUCAAGGGAUUCUUCAGUCCUAGUCUGAAGGCAGAGGCUAGCUGACAGUAACGGCUUGGAAGGUUUUCAUUGUUCGUAUUGUGAUAAAUUUUGGGAUAGUUUGUUUUACUUGUCCUUUGUUUUCUUCUUGUAUAAAUAAAAAAUAUAUGAGAAAAUACCCUUCAAAAGUUUGGCAAAUGAAUGAAGGAUUCUUAUGUAUUGUUUCUCAUAGAAAUACUCUCAAAUAUAUCUUUUAUCAUGAAACAUUUUAUCAAAAUCAACAAUAUCACUUUGAAAAUAGGUCUCUUUAAUGAAAUAUUACAAGUGAAAAAUACCCCAAAACUUGCCAUAUGUUAAUCUUAAUGUAUCUUUUAAAGAAAGCACCUUGCUAUACUUUUCCCACUCAUUUCAAAACGUUUCAUUAAGACCCAUCUACCUUUUGUAAAGUCUGUAGUAACUGUGCUGACAGAACCCUAACCUGUUGUCCACUUCCCAAACCUAGGAGGGUGUUUUCUCUCAGAUUGCUCCUUCACACAGCAUCGCAUCUUUUCCCCCGAAAGUUGCCCAAGGUAGCAACUCUAAAAAGUAGCCUUUCUAAUUAAUUGGUCCUGAUUACAAUUAUUAUUGGUGGUUUUAAUUAUGGCAGUCUUCUAUUGCUACUUGUAUCGAAGCUUUGUUAAAAAAUAAAGUUGGAAAAUGUA